UGUUUAUUUAAAGUUUACGUACAAAAAUGCUAAAACAAAAAUUUAUUUCAAAUUUCAGUCGUUUAUUACCGAAUAAUGAGAAAAUAUUGAGUCAGGUUUCGUUUAAGGGCGAUGGGAAAAUUAUCGACCGAAGCGCUUCACUUGUCGUUGUCAUCCGUGAGUUUGUGCGAGAACGUCGUGACAUAACGUACUUUUAUUCUACAAAUAAAAUGUCGAAAUACCGAAUUGUUAUGGUUCGCCAUGGCGAAAGUGAAUGGAAUCAAUUGAACUUGUUCUGCGGAUGGUACGAUGCUGGUUUAUCCGAAAAAGGAAAGAGUGAAGCUGCUGCCGCAGGAAAAGCAUUAAAAGAUGCAGGAUAUAAAUUCGAUUGUGCUCAUACUUCGGUGUUAACUCGAGCUCAAGUGACACUGCAAUCAAUUCUCAAGGAAAUUGGUCAGGAGAGUAUUCCAAUUCAUAAAACUUGGCGUUUAAAUGAACGUCACUAUGGUGGAUUAACAGGAAUGAAUAAAGCAGAAACUGCUGCCAAGUACGGCGAAGAACAGGUGCAAAUUUGGAGGAGAUCCUUUGACACUCCACCACCACCAAUGGAGCCGGAUCACAAAUACUAUGACAAUAUUGUCAAAGAUGCAAGAUACGCCGAUGGACCAAAACCCGAGGAAUUUCCCAAAUUCGAGUCACUUAAAUUAACAAUUGAGAGAACAUUGCCCUACUGGAACGAUACCAUCAUUCCACAACUCAAGGAAGGAAAGCAAAUUAUUAUCGCUGCUCAUGGAAACAGUCUACGGGGAAUUGUCAAACAUCUUGAUCAGAUGAGCAACGAUCAAAUUAUGGGACUGAAUCUUCCAACGGGUAUUCCAUUUGUUUACGAACUAGAUGCGAAUUUUAAACCUGUAGUUUCUAUGAAAUUCUUGGGUGACGAAGAGACUGUUAAAGCUGCGAUCGCAGCGGUUGCUGCGCAGGGAAAAGCUAAAUAAUUUCUUUAAAUUGUAUUUGUGUAAAAAACUACCACUUAUUGCGAUUGAUUCACCAGUUAGCAGAAUGUACAUUUUUUAAUUUAUAUUUAAUUUAUAGGUUACAAAAGACAAAGAAAUUGUAUAAAAGAAAACUACUUUUCGUUUUCCACGUCAGCUUUCAAAAUAUUCGGAAUUUAUUUUCCUUAAAACUUUGAAUUCUGUUGUACAUAAAAUCUAAACUUGUAAAAUUGAAAUAUUACAAAUUAAAACAUGUUAAAUGUGCAUUGUAAAAAAUGUCACUUAUUAAAAAAUGGAAUGACAAAUAAAAAUUACUUU